UAAUAACCUUAUAGGCAUUCACUACAUUAUAUAUUAGUUGUAUCACAUACAUCACGAUGGAGUGGGAAUCUCGUUUUGCCGAGGCAUUCCUCUGUUGUGACUCGCAGAAACUUGGUCAUAUUCAGGGUCCUGAAUGUGCGAAAAUCUACCAGUCACUUGGAUUGGCUUUAUCGCGAGAGCAAUGCAACGCCUGCCCUAACAUGGACAAGGACCAAUUUGUAAAGUACGGGAUGAAGCUUGUUAGUGAACUUCCAUCUGAUGGCGGCCUUCAGAAGUUAUUUGAUGCUAUUAAAGGUCAGAAGGGUGACUCCAUUGGUGCUGCUGAAUUGAAGGAGGUUAUGACCUUGAUGAAGAAUCGUUCACCUCAGGAGAUGGAGGAUGCUAUGAAGCAAUUGGACCCUAACAACUCCGGUCGCAUAAACUACCAAAAUUUUGCCAAAAUAUUCACUAACUAAAUUAUAACAACCAAUGUAAUCUAAAAUGAAUCAUU